AUACAUGUACGUUACUAUAUUUUAUAUUAUAACUGGAAUAUACAUACAUCUACUAUCCAGGUAGGGACAAGAAUAUCUUCUCCAGAAGCUACUCCAAUUUGAAACCCAGCUUCAUCAAAAUUGAUAAUAUCACCAGGCUGAAUAUCAUGGGCUUCGCACCAAGUCAUCCAAUUCUUGAACCAAUCCUGUACAUCCUUAACAUCUUGUGCACCGACUCGGUUUCGUGCAAUUGGCUUUGUUUUUAGUGUAUGAAGAAAACCCGGGGUUGUUUUUAUGUAGUUUUGAAACCAUCGCCAGGACGGUCGCGGUCUGCCUUCUAGAUCCUUUAGGUAUUCGAUUAUCGCAAAGACCAUCUGUUUCGUAGCCCCGAGGCCUGUCCUGUGCAUAUCGUCUGCAUAUGUAAUAAUAGCUUCGUGUUGUGGCCUAGAGAGGAUUCGAUUCUGGCCUCCGUGUAUUAUAUGAGGGCGGUCGUCGCGUUGCUUCUUUCGUCGUAUCCUCGAUUUGAGGGUUUGAGGAUUCACGUGGAAAAUACGUGCGGCGGUAGUCUCACUCUCGUCAGGAUUGGCAGUAGCCCAGGCAAUUGCCUGGCUAUAGCCUCUUCGUAUUCGUGGGUUGCAGGUGGUGGCAUUGUUCAAGGUUCAAUUGCAAUACAAAUUGGGUGGUUGAGAAAUCUGGGGCGAUGCAACGUAGCGGUGGGUUAUUCGACCCACGAUUAUCUCUUAAUCAAAUCAGAGCUCAUCGGCUGGACUUCCUGAAAUGGUACUGGCGUCGACCAUCAAUAGUCACGGGACGGCAGAAAGAGGCUUUGAAUUGCGUAAAUGGCAGCGGAUAGACCGGGGUCAAGGGUUGCUAACCCGCUUCCCCCUCUCCUAGCCGCUCCAUUGCGCUUCACCGCCCUCGAGGUAUAAGAUGCGACGAUGGCCACUUCUUCUCCGCGAUUACUAUAUAUCCACGUCUUCUUUACUCUCAAGAUCUCGGAUUUGACUCUAUAUGACUGCGAGAGUAGGGGCAUAAGAAGAUAUAUCAUCACGGUCAAUUGAGUUGGUCGGAAACUACACAUCUACUUCUACUCUUUAGCUUUUUCAUUUAUACAUCCGAAAUGGCAUCAGUCAGAGCUGCUGGCCGUUUCCAGCCGGCUGCUCGCACAGCGUUGCAGGCAGGUAUCUCUCAGCAAACCCGCAGUUAUGCCUCCCUCUUUGCUGGUGAGCCGUCGGGACCUGAGAUUAAAACUCAGAUCCCGGGCCCAAAGUCACAGCAGGCUAUCAAGGAGCUCGACAAGGUCUUUGAUACCCGUGCCGUCAACAUGCUGGCGGACUACACAAAGAGCAAGGGCAACUACAUCGUUGACCCAGACGGAAAUGUCCUCCUCGAUGUCUAUGCUCAAAUUGCCUCCAUCCCAGUCGGUUACAACAACCCAACCCUCGCCAAAGCCGCCCAGUCCCUCGAGAUGAUCAACUCCCUCAUCAACCGCCCAGCGCUUGGCAACUUCCCAUCCCACGACUGGGCUCAGAUUCUCGAGACCGGCAUCUUAAGCGUCGCCCCCAAAGGCCUCGACCAAGUCUUCACCGCAACCGCCGGCUCCGACGCCAACGAGUGCGCCUUCAAAGCCGCAUUCAUGUACAAAGCCCAACAACGCCGCGGCGGCCCCGACGUCGAAUUCACCGCCGAGGAGCUCUCCUCCUGCAUGAACAACGCCCUUCCCGGCGCUUCGAACCUCUCGAUCCUCUCCUUCAAAUCCGCCUUCCACGGCCGCCUCUUCGGCACCCUCUCCACCACCCGCUCCAAGCCCAUCCACAAGCUCGACAUUCCCGCCUUCGACUGGCCCCAAGCCACCUUCCCCCUCCUCAAAUACCCGCUCGAGGAACAUGCCUCCGAGAACGCAAAGGCGGAGGCAGACGCCCUCGCUGACGUCGAGCGCCUCAUCACUACCUUCCCCCACCCCCCCGCUGCUGUCAUCGUCGAGCCCAUCCAAUCCGAAGGCGGCGAUAACCACGCCUCGCCCGCCUUCUUCCGCGGCCUUCGCGAGCUCACCGUCAAGCACGACGUCCUCUUCAUCGUUGACGAGGUACAGACCGGUAUCGGUGCCACUGGCAAGUUCUGGGCCCACGAGCACUGGGACCUCCCCUCGCCACCUGACAUGGUGACGUUCUCCAAGAAGGCACAGACGGCGGGUUACUACUAUGGUAACCACGCGCUGCGCCCUAACAAGCCUUACCGCCAGUUUAACACCUGGAUGGGUGACCCAGCGCGCGCGAUCCUGUUCCGUGGUAUCAUUGACGAGGUCAACCGCCUUAACCUGGUCGAGCACACCGCGAAGACGGGGGAUUACUUGUAUGCGGGUAUCGAGAAGCUGGCGGCGAAGUAUCCGGGGCAGUUUAAGAAUCUGAGGGGUAAGGGACAGGGAACGUUCAUUGCGUUUGAUAGUCCGCAACGUGAUGCGUUCUUGAAGAAGGCGAAGACGGUGGGGGUUAAUAUUGGAGGGUCGGGAGAGAGCGCGGUGAGGCUGCGUCCGAUGUUGAUCUUUGAUACGGAACAUGCGGAUAUUUUGUUGGAGGCUAUGGAGAAGAUUGUUAAGAUGUGAGCGGGGGAGUUAUGAUUUUCUAAGGGGUGAGUGAGAGUGGAUAAUUUAUGUUGGAGUGGCGUUUGAUGAUUGAGACGGUGAAAGUCUACAUGCUUGAUGAUUGCUGGUCGAUAGGGGAGCUCAAAGUAGUAAAUGAACUUCAAUUCAAUAAGAUCGAUUUACGAAUUGUAUCUGUUACUUUCAAAAUAUUCGCAUUUUCUAUAACGUGGGGUGUAUGGGGAUCUCGUUAAUAUGGUGACCUCGUUCAUUGUACCUCUGCACUGGAUUUUAUAUGUAAAGGUACUUCUUACACAGAUUUUUUAAAGUUAUAAUCAGGG